GAGACUCACCGACAGGCUCCACACUGGAGGCUGACACACAACUCAGAGAGUGGAGUAAAAACUCGCAGCACACAGCCAGUCCCACGGCGAUGCUUACCCACAGACCCCACGCCACAGACUGAUCCCUCCCGGACCUCCAGGACUGACCGCCCCGCCAGCCGAGCCCGCAGCGCCGCGGACAGACCCCAGCAGAGCCCCCCUCUCUGAGCUCCAGGAAAAAGACGCAAAGAUGUCAGAGAGGAGAGGUCAGAAGAAGUCCGUCUUUCUGUCCUCUUUAUUGCUCUGCUGUAUGUUCGCCAGUGCCGAGUAUUCAAACUGUGGAGAGAACGAGUUCUUCAACCAGACCAGCAACAGCUGCCAGGCCUGUCCUCAGUGUCAGCCGGGACAGGAGCCACACAUGAGCUGUGGCUACGGUGUGAAGGACGAUGACUUCGCCUGCGUGCCGUGUCCUCACGGGAAAUAUUCCAAAGGGAAAUAUGAGAUCUGCAGACGCCAUAAAGACUGUGACGCCCUCAUCAAAGCUACUGUUCGCGUAGCGGGGACGCCAGACAGCGACGCGGAGUGUGGACCCUGUUUACCAGGGUAUUACAAGCUGGAAAACAAACCCAGGACCAUCUACGACAUGGUGUGUCACUCCUGCCAGAACGCUCCACCCAACACCAAAGAAUGUAAGAACAGCCUCUCUGGAGCUGCUGAGGAGUAUCCACUAACCUCAAACUCCAAAUGAUUAAGCCCUUUUCAGACAAGAUAUCAUGAUUCUCCUGGACAGGGUCACCUAGCAACAGCUCUCAUCAUCGCCAUGUCAACCAUCUUCAUCAUGGCCAUCGCCAUCGUCCUCAUCAUCAUGUUUUACAUCCUGAAGGCUAAACCCAGCGGCCAGGCGUGUUGUUCUGGACAGGUUGUGAAGGCGGUGGAGGCUCAGACCAACAAACAGGAAGACAAGAAAGACGUCCCUGACAACGUGGUGAUCUACUCAGAGAAAGACGAGUUCGACAAACUGAAAACUGUCCCUCAGAAGACGGUGAAGAGUGAAAAUGAUGCGUCAUCAGAGAACGAGCAGCUGUUGAGUCGCAGCAUCGACAGCGACGAGGAGCCGCCGUCCGAUAAACAAGGAUCCACGGAGACCACCAACCCAAACCGCUGCCUGGUCAACCUGGGCAACAAGCCCGACCUGUGCCUGCUCUCUCUGGGGCUCCUGGAGCGAGAGCGAGCCUGCAACGGGGCCCCCAACAUGGCCGCCGGACAGGCCAAUAACAUCCAGAGUCCCAACCGGAUCGGCAGCGUCAACCACAUCAGCAGCGUAAACGCCAUCAACAACAACAAUAAAACCCCGGGGAUGCUGCAGAGCCGAAGGAAAAAGAUCCUGGAUCUGUACGCCAGAGCCUGCAACGUGACCGAGGGUCUGAGCCCCACUGAGCUGCCCUUCGACUGUCUGGAGAAGGCGAGCCGCAUGCUGAGCUCGUCCUACAGCAGCGAGGCGGCCGUGGUCAAGACGUGGCGCCACCUCGCCGAGAGCUUCGGGCUGAAGCGCGACGAGAUCGGCGGGAUGAGCGACGGCCUGCAGCUGUUCGAGAGGGUGAGCACGGCGGGCUACAGCAUCCCCGACCUGCUGACCCGCCUGGUGCAGAUCGAGAGGCUGGACGCCGUCGAGUCGCUCUGCUCCGACGUGCUGGGCAGCGGGGAGAUGGCGGCCGCCGCCGGUCGCCACGGCAACAGCAGCUUCCACAGCCAGCUGGUGUGUUCGUCCCCAUGUCCGUCCCCCUCCCAACGCUGCGCCAGCGUCUGAACACGGCAAAGACUCUAGAGACUCCACGCCUUAUAGUAUAAAUGAACGUAGGGACGGAACACAGAAAACCACAAAACUCACAUGAAGAACGUCCCUGUAACUCCUAUUAAUGGGUUCUCUCUGAUAUCUGUCUGUUCUGUCUUUAUAAAGAGUUAAAGAGGUUCAGAAAGACACAAAUCAGGGACCAAAGAUUCAGAUUAUUCUCUGGUUUACUACUACGAUAUUUUCUUUCACACUGCAAAAAAGUUCUAGAUAAAAACCAGAUCAAACAGUAAAUCUGAGGGAAAUGAUCUUGCUGCAUGGACAGAUAAUUUACCUUGACAAGAUUUAUUAAAUUAAGAUUAUUAAAUCUAGAAAUAAGCAUGUUGAACACUUAAAAUAAGAAAUUAACUCUUAAAAC